GAACCACAGACCACUGUCGUGCACAACCCAGCUGACGGCACCAAGGUAAGCCGCUGCUGUACCUCUUUAAUCCCAUAGAGUCGCUAUAGGCUAAUGCUAAUGCUAAAAUACCUUAGCGUGGUUAGAACUCUAUGAAGGUACCUUAGAGAGGCUAGAGCUGAUACCUUAGAGCGAUGCUAACACAAUGUACGCUUAACCACUCCAUAUCUACUGACAGUCACACUAACUUAGUCUCACUAACCCUCAAAACACUCACAACGCCACACCUGCUGUGAGAGUCCCUCACUCGCCCAAACCACACUGGCUCAGCCACCAAAAAGCCACAUACACAGUACACACAGCCUUUAACACACACAGUUUGUACCUCAACAAAAGGCUGUGUUUGGUGUGGAUCCUCGUGCGCUUGCCCUCCUGUCUGCCUGGCUGGUUUGUGCAGGGUUUGUGUUCCUCUGAGGGAGCUUCCGUCUGACCUUUCUUUUGUCUGUACACCUGGGGAAGGCCUCAUCCAAGUCAUCUCUCACCACACAGACUAAUGCUGUUUCCUACUGCUAUAUCACUUUCUCUCAUUUACUUAUUCUCUCUAUCCUCCAUGUUUCUGUCCAUCACUUUUCUCCCCUACAGGGCUCCACAGAGAGCUGUAACACCACAGAAGAGGAGGAUAUGAAAAGUAGAAAAGGUACACGUCAAACUUUCACUUACUCUGCAUGUUUUCUCACUUCUUGGUGUUUGUCAGAAAGACAGAGCUAGAAUGCAAGAUAGGACUCUAGGUCAGUGGAUUUCCUUGAGUUAAUAUACACUCAGUAUUCACAGCCAGUUUUAUUAGGUACACCCAUCUAGUACCGGGUCGGACCCCCCUUUGCCUCCAGAACAACCUGAAUUCUUCGGGGAAUAGAAACGUUGCUCAAUUGGUAUCAAGGGACCUAACAUUCCUCACACCAUUAACCAUCGCCACGGUUCUUGCCAUUCUCCUUCGACCUCUCAUCAACGAGCUGUUUUUCGCCCACAGGACUGCCCCGGACUGGAUGUUUUUUGUUUGUUGCAGCAUUCUCUGUAAACCAUAGACACUGUCGUGCGUGAAAAGCCCAGGAGACCGGUCGUUUCUGAGAUACUGGAACUGGCACGCCUGGCACCGACGAUAAUACCACGCUCAAAGUCGCUUAGGUCACCCGUUUUGCCCAUUCUAACAUUCAAUCGAACAGCAACUGAAUGCCAAGAUGCCUGUCUGCCUGCUUUAUAUAGCAAGCCACGGCCACGUGACUCACGGUCUGUAGGAGCGAACCAUUUUCGUGAACAGGGACGGGGUGGUGUACCUAAUAAAUUGGCCACUGAGUGUAGAUUAUACAUAUGUUUAAAAAAGGUUAUGUGAGUAAUGGGGUUACAAAAUGAUAAUUCAUGUGCUCCCUUGUUUUCAAUCCUUCUCCUUAAUUUCUUUAGAAAGAGAAUAGAUCACGAUCAAGGCCAGAGAAGCCUAUGAUGGCCUGAGUUAACUGUCAGGCCUGUGUCUGGGCCUGUGAACAUCUGGGAGAUGUAGACACAUAUGGAAGGUGUCUGUAGCUGAGUAUAUAUGGCUGGAGAGGGAAUGAUGAAGUACUGCCAUAUUGGAGAAGAGCUUUUGCUCUGGUCUUUAUCUGCAUUUACAGCUGCUGUGGAGAAGUCAAAUAAGUAGUUUAGUAGUUUGAAGGCUUGUAUUCCUACGGAGUGAAAAGAUAUGUCUUGCUGAGAAUGGAAAAUUGCACAGUAGUCUGAGCUUUGGAGACUGUGAGAGACAGAGCUGAAUACUGAGCGAUCUAGCUGUGGACGUAGACUAUGCUUUGUCUGAACAAACUAAUAGACUAGCACAUGAAGGCCUUAUAUGUCUUGGUUUUCCCCUCAAAUCCCUAGUCUUUAGAUAGUCUCCCCAUUCUUGGUCUCACAGCUCCCCUGGGCUUAAAGAGUUGGCACUCCACCACUCUUAAACCUGUGUGUGUGUGUGUGUGUGUGUGUGUUGCUCGUCCAAACUGCGUUGUUUAAAGAAGAAGGGGGGGGGGGGGGGGGGGGGGGGGGCGUCACUUAGAGGACAUCGGCAUAACUGGAAUGCAAAAUAGGGACAAAAUUAGAUAUUGAAAAUGUAACAGUAUGUAGUGUAUUUUGUUUGAGAGGUGUACAGUGUGGUCUCACUCCCCUGUUUCUCUGGCUAGUUGUGAUGGGGUGGGAUUAUAUAUAUUGUGUCUCACCCCACUGUGUGUGUCUCUCUGUGUACGGGGGUGGUGGUGGGAUAUAUAAUGUGUGGUGUGUUUUGUUAGUGUAUGGUUGGGUUGGGUGUGUAGUGUUUUGUCUUGGCAAAAUAGUAGUGUGUAUAGAACUGUGUCUGAUCCUCCUCUCUCUCUGGUGUGUGUGUGUGUGUGUUGUGGUGGGGGCAGUGUCUGCGUGCGGGUCUAGCGCGGACAGCGCAAUGGUCAGCCAGUGCAGUGCCAGUGAGGAACAGACCCAGCCCCAGCCCCAGCCCCCUCACUGCCCACCCGCCUGUAAGUCAGCAGCAGUAUCACCCCUCAACUCUGACCUUGGUGUCCUUUCCCCCCUUUGAACUCAUUUAUAAUGUCCCCCUAAGACUAUCCCCAUAAUAUUGUCCCCCUAAGGCUGUCUGUCCCCAUAAUACUGUGCCAUUUAAGAUUCCCCAUAAUACUGUGAAAUUUAAGAUUGUCUCCAUAAUAGUGUUCAUCCAAGACUCUUCCUGUAUUACUUUUCUGUAUUACUAUUAGGGGCUGGAUCCACGUUGUAGCCCAAUUUACAUUUAAAGGUGUUGGAUUCUAGCUUUAAAUAUACUUAUUCAUGUUACCAUACUAGAACUUAUUGAUUACUUUACAUGUAUAAUUAAUGUAUAUGUUGGGGUCAAUGGAGGGUGGAUAAGAACUAGGUAUAUGGGCAGUUACUGAGUGGGGAAGGGGGAGUGCAGAAAGUUUACAUUCUGUCAAAACAUGGUAUUGUUAAAUCUCAUGGGUCCACCACCACCACCCCCGUACACAGAGAGACAUGGGUCCUAAGGAGGGAGGCAAUGGGCAACAGUCUGGUUCAGUCACUGAUAAGGUAGGACAGUCGUGGAUUAGGGAGGAGCGAGGAAUUCGGUCCCGAGGUCAGGUCAGAUGAAGUGAGAAGGAGCAGUCCUAUCCCACAUACAUAUAUUUCCACGCCCACAAAGGUUCUAGUAGGAGGCAGGGCCAUGACUUCCCGUUCCCGAGAAAGCAGUAUAUCCUUUGCGUCGAACUCUUUAAAGAAAAAAUCUUUGUCCAGUUCGAGGUGAGUAAUCACUGUUCUGAUGUCCAGAAGUUAUUUUCGGUCAUAAGAGACUGUAGCAGCAACAUUAUGUACAUAAUAAGUAAAAAAAUAAGUUACAAACAACGCAAAAAAACUAACAAAAUAGCACAGUUGGUUAGGAGCCCGUAAAAUGGCUGCCAUCCCCUCCGGCGCCAUUAUUAUUUUGAGCAAAAUAGUGUUUGUUUUUUGUUGACACAACUCCAAACUUCAAGGAGUAGGAGAUUCAAGGAGUUGGUUUGAUGGGAAGUUGUGAUGCCAUCGGCCUCCCUCCUUGCUUGAGGAACAAUAGAGGAGCAUUAGAGAAUAAUAAUAAUAUGCCAUUUAGCAGACGCUUUUAUCCAAAGCGACUUACAGUCAUGCGUGCAUAAUUAUUAUUUUUUUGUGUAUGGGUGGUCCCCCCGGGGAUCGAACCCACUACCUUGGCAUUACAGGCGCCGUGCUCUACCAGCUGAGCUACAGAGGACCACAGAGAACAUUUACAUUUUACAUUUUUGUAAAAUCAGACAAAUGCCCGUGGCAUCUAAUUAUUAAUGUCUCUCUUAUUUUUUUAUGAAAUUGCGCAAACUUCAAACAUAUCACAGUGCAUGGGAUAUCAUUUAGCUCUGAAACCUGCAGCCUUGCUGGCUCGGUCAACGAGGCUAUCUGAGCCCCUACACCUUGAUACUUUUCACUACCUCAGUUUUGGGACACAGGCACUCAUGAACGUCAUUUAAAAAUGUGUGUCUCACAUCUCUCCUCCUUAUUUCUCUGUCGGCUCAUCAGAUUGACGCUACUCAGCUGUCCUACACUAUAUAUACAAAAGUAUGUGGACAUCCCUUCAAAUGAAUGGAUUUGGCUAUUUCAACCACACCCGUUGCUGACAGGUGUAUAAAAUCGAGCACACAGCCAUGCAAUCUCCAUAGACAAACAUUGGCAGUAGAAUGGCCUUGGUGAAAAGCUCAGUGACUUUCAACGUGGCACCGUCAUAGGAUGCCACCUUUCCAACAAGUUAGUUUGUGAAAUUUCUGUCCUGCUAGAGCUGCCCCGGUCAACUGUAAGUGCUGUUAUUGUGAAGUGGAAACGUCUAGGAACAACAACGGCUCAGCCACGAAGUGGUAGGCUGCACAAGCUCACAGAACGGGACCGCCGACUGCUGAAGCGCGUAGAGCGUAAAAAUCGUUUGUCCUCGGUUGCAACACUCACUACCGAGUUCCAAACUGCCUCUGGAAGCAACAUCAGCACAAUAACUGUUCGUCGGGAGCUUCAUGAAAUGGGUUUCCAUAGCUGAGCAGCCGCGCACAAUCCUAAAAUCACCAUGCGCAAUGCAAAGCGUCGGCUGGAGUGGUGUAAAGCUUGCCGCAAUUGGACUCUGGAGCAAUGGAAACACGUUCUCUGGAGUGAUGAAUCACGCUCAGCAUCUGGCAGUCCGACGGACAAAUCUGGGUUUGGCGGAUGCCAGGAGAACGCUACCUGCCCCAAUGCAUACUGGCAACUUUAAAGUUUGGUGGAGGAGGAAUAAUGGUCUGGGGCUGUUUUUCAUGGUUUGGGCUAGGCCCCGUAGUUCCAGUGAAGGGAAAUCUUAACGCUACAGCAUACAAUGACGUUCUAGACGAUUCUGUGCUUCCAACUUUGUGACUACAGUUUGGGGAAGGCCCUUUCCUGUUUCAGCAUGACAUUAUCCCCGUGCACAAAGCGAGUUCCAUACAGAAACGGUUUGUUGAGAUCGGUGUGGAAGAACUUGACUGGCCUGCACAGAGCCCUGACCUCAACCCCAUCUAACACCUUUGGGAUGAGUUGGAACGCCGACUGAGAGCCAGGCCUAAUCGCCCAACAUCAGUGCCCGACCUCACUAAUGCUCUUGGCUGAAUGGAAGCAAGUCUCCGCAGCAAUGUUCUAACAUCUAGUGGAAAGCCUUCCCAGAAGAGUGGAGGCUGUUAUAGCAGCAAAGGGGGGACCAACUCCAUAUUAAUGCCCAUGAUUUUGGAAUGAGAUGUUCAACAAGCAGUUGUCCACAUACUUUUGGUCAUGUAGUGUAUCUAUCACUCAGCAUGUCCCUCUCAGACUUUGCCAAAAGCAUGUCCCAUAUCUGCUUUACUAUGACAAUAAUGUUACCAUGCUGUGCUCACGUGCUGUGGAUAGACACUCUGUUUUGCUGACAUGCGUUCACUGUUGGCUUUCCCUACUCAUUGAAGUGCAAACCUGAACCUGGGACUCUGCCUCUCUCUUCAUUCCUCUCCCUAUAUUACAUCUUCCUCUCUUGCUCUUCACCUCCUUUUUUCGGACACAGAGAAUAAAUAGUGCUGACCUAAGGCUCACUGGCCUUUUAAUGUAUUUAUCCCUCCCCAUGGCCCUAAUACAGACACCCAGCCUGACAGCUGAGCAGACCGUAGCCAGACAGCAAGCUAGGCUAUACAAAGGCUGGAUCUCAAUAGUCUAAACAGGCUUUCUCUCCUUGCACUAUUUGAUAGGACUGGACAGGUGACAGCAGCAAAUCCAUCAUCAGGUCUCUGCCAACUUGCUUUCACCUAUCCUAUCUUCUCAAAUCGGUGCUGAAUCUGACGAAGUAGAUUAGCUGAAGAGAGAAAGCCAUUGUAGACUUUUGAGAUCAAUUGAGAUUCACCCCCAGACUCUGGUCCACUCCAGUCCUCUGCUCAAUAAACAGCCACCCGCUGUCCCUGAGGUGUCUCUGUCUGUCUGUACUCUCUUACUUCCCCAUUCAGGCAGUAUCCUAUGUGGUGGCCUGUAACUGGGUUUAGUACUUGACUGCUGCCCCCUGCUGGCUGUAAGGCCACAGUGUCUUCUCCAUCUCCUGCUGUGGUGCUGUGUUCACUGGUGUCCCCUCUGUCCGUCUGUGUGACGCUAUAUCCAUUGGUAUAUCUUAAGUUGUUAUUAGUGUAUCUAUGUUCUUCUAAGUUUGGCUUCUAUGUAGCAUGUCCUUUAUAUAACUCCAUUGCUUGUGGGCAUUGUGCUCCUUUCAGAGCAGUGUGAAGUUAUACUGUGAAGUUAUACACACUAUGUAACAACUGCCAUUUGAGUGCACAGUAUUCCAGUUUGGGAAAACGGGUCUUGUGGUUCUGUCAGUUGUGUUUUAAGUUUUUUUGUUUCUGAUUUGUUCGCUUACAUUUGUUGCUGUUGUCCUGUUGUCUUCCAGCCGCCCCACUGCAUGACGAUGCUAAGCACACUUUUGCUAAUUAGAACUGUUCAGGUCAUAGCUCCUGUCUUGACUUAGAGCAAGCUCUGCCUGCGCCACCCUCCAUGGCCCCAGGGGGCAGCAACACGCAGCUGAGUAAGUUAGACAGCCCUGGGGCAGCUACACUACGCAGUAGAGUUAGUGACACGCACGCCAUACACGCACAGAAUUCCACUAGCUUUCAUUACUAACCUUGCCUCACAGUUAGUCAGCUGACUCAGCUAUAUUUAUGUGAGAGUAACAUAUAGGCUUCAGUACAAUACCAAUAAGAAUAAGAGCACUUCCUCCCAGCUGCCCACUGCACUGAGGCUAGGAAACACUAUCACCACCGAAAAAUCUACAAUAAUCGAGAAUUUCAACAAGCAUUUUGCUAUGCUUUCCACCUGGCUAUCACUACCCCGGCCACCAGCUCUGCACCCUCCGCUGCAACUUGCCCAUGCCCCACCCCCCCCGCUUCUCCUUCACACAAAUUCAGACAGCUGAUGUUCUGAAAGAGCUGCAAAAUCUGGACCCCUACAAAUCAUCUGGGCUAGACAAUCUCGACCCUUUCUUUCUAAAAUGAGCAGCCGAAAUUGUCGCAACCCCUAUUACUAGCCUGUUCAACCUCUCUUUUGUAACGUCUGAGAUCCCCAGAGAUUGGAAAGCUGCCGCGGUCAUCCCCCCUCUUCAAAGGGGGUGACACUCUAGAUCCAAACUGUUACAGACCUAUAUACAUCCUGCCCUGCCUUUCGAAAGUUUUUGAAAGCCAAGUUAACAAACAGAUCACCGACCAUUUCGAAUCCCACCGUACCUUCUCCGCUAUGCAAUCCGGUUUCCGAGCUGGUCAUGGGUGCACCUCAGCCACGCUCAAGGUCCUAAACGAUAUUAUAACCGCAAUCGAUAAUAGACAGUACUGUGCAGCCGUCUUCAUCGACCUGGCCAAGGCUUUCGACUCUGUCAACCACCGCAUUCUUAUGGGCAGACUAAAUAGCCUUGGUUUCUCAAAUGACUGCCUCGCCUGGUUCACCAACUACUUCUCAGAUAGAGUUCAAUGUGUCAAAUCGGAGGGCCUGUUGUCUGGACCUAUGGCAGUCUCUAUGGGGGUGCCACAGGGUUCAAUUCUUGGGCCGACUCUUUUCUCUGUGUAUAUCAAUGAUGUCGCUCUUGCUGCUGGUGACUCUCAGAUCCACCUCUACGCAGAAGACACCAUUUUGUAUACAUCUGGCCCUUCAUUGGACACUGUGUUAACAAACCUCCAAACGAGCUUCAAUGCCAUACAACACUCCUUCAGUAGCCUCCAACUGCUCUUAAACACUAGUAAAACUAAAUGCAUGCUCUUCAAUCGAACGCUGCUGACACCCGCCCACCCGACUAGAAUCACUACUCUCGACGGGUCUGACCUAGAGUAUGUGGACAACUACAAAUACCUAGGUGUCUGGUUAGACUGUAAACUCUCCUUCCAGACUCACAUUAAGCAUCUCCAAUCCAAAGUUAAAUCUAGAAUCGGCUUCCUAUUUCACAACAAAGCCUCCUUCACUCAUGCUGCCAAACAUGCCCUCGCAAAACUGACUAUCCUACCGAUCCUUGACUUCGGCGAUGUCAUUUACAAAAUAGCCUCCAACACUCUACCCACCACUGUGACCUGUACGCUCUUGUUGGCUGGUCCUCACUACAUAUUCGUCGCCAAACCCACUGGCUCCAGGCCAUCUAUAAAUCACUGCUAGGCAAAUCCUGCCUUAUCUUAGCUCAUUGGUCACCAUAGCAACACCCACCCGUAGUAUGCGCUCCAGCAGGUACAGUGGGGAGAACAAGUAUUUGAUACACUGCCGAUUUUGCAGGUUUUCCUACUUACAAAGCAUGUAGAGGUCUGUAAUUUUUAUCAUAGGUACACUUCAAAUGUGAGAGACAGAAUCUAAAACAAAAAUCCAGAAAAUCACAUUGUAUGAUUUUUAAGUAAUAAUUUGCAUUUUAUUGCAUGACAUAAGUAUUUGAUACAUCAGAAAAGCAGAACUUAAUAUUUGGUACAGAAACCUUUGUUUGCAAUUACAGAGAUCAUACGUUUCCUGUAGGUCUUGACCAGGUUUGCACACACUGCAACAGGGAUUUUGGCCCACUCCUCCAUACAGACCUUCUCCAGAUCCUUCAGGUUUCGGGGCUGUCGCUGGGCAAUACGGACUUUCAGCUCCCUCCAAAUAUUUUCUAUUGGGUUCAGGUCUGGAGACUGGCUAGGCCACUCCAGGACCUUGAGAUGCUUCUUACGGAGCCACUCCUUAGUUGCCCUGGCUGUGUGUUUCGGGUCAUUGUCAUGCUGGAAGACCCAGCCACGACCCAUCUUCAAUGCUCUUACUGAGGGAAGGAGGUUGUUGGCCAAGAUCUCGCGAUACAUGGCCCAUCCAUCCUCCCCUCAACACGGUGCAGUCGUCCUGUCCCCUUUGCAGAAAAGCAUCCCCAAAGAAUGAUGUUUCCACCUCCAUGCUUCACGGUUGGGAUGGUGUUCUUGGGGUUGUACUCAUCCUUCUUCUUCCUCCAAACACGGCGAGUUGAGUUUAGACCAAAAAGCUCUAUUUUUGUCUCAUCAGACCACAUGACCUUCUUCCAUUCCUCUUCUGGAUCAUCCAGAUGGUCAUUGGCAAACUUCAGACGGGCCUGGACAUGCGCUGGCUUGAGCAGGGGGCCUUGUGUGCGCUGCAGGAUUUUAAUCCAUGACGGCGUAGUGUGUUACUAAUGGUUUUCUUUGAGACUGUGGUCCCAGCUCUCUUCAGGUCAUUGACCAGGUCCUGCCGUGUAGUUCUGGGCUGAUCCUUCACUUCCUCAUGAUCAUUGAUGCCCCACGAGGUGUGACCUUGCAUGGAGCCCCAGACCUAGGGUGAUUGACCGUCAUCUUGAACUUCUUCCAUUUUCUAAUAAUUGCGCCAACAGUUGUUGCCUUCUCACCAAGCUGCUUGCCUAUUGCCCUGUAGCCCAUCCCAGCCUUGUGCAGGUCUACAAUUUUAUCCCUGAUGUCCUUACAUAGCUCUCUGGUCUUGGCCAGUGUGGAGAGGUCGGAGUCUGUUUGAUUGAGUGUGUGGACAGGUGUCUUUUAUACAGGGAACGAGUUCAAACAGGUGCAGUGAAUACAGGUAAUGAGUGGAGAACAGGAGGGCUUCUUAAAGAAAAACUAACAGGUCUGUGAGAGCCGGAAUUCUUACUGGUUGGUAGGUGAUCAAAUACUUAUGUCAUGCAAUAAAAUGCAAAUUAAUUACUUAAAAAUCAUACAAUGUGAUUUUCUGGAUUUUAGUUUUAGAUUCCGUCUCUCACAGUUGAAGUGUACCUAUGAUAAAAAUUACAGACCUCUACAUGCUUUGUAAGUAGGAAAACCUGCAAAAUCGGCAGUGUAUCAAUUACUUGUUCUCCCCACUGUAUAUCUCACUGGUCAUCCCCAAAGCCAACACCUCCUUUGGCCGCCAUUCCUUCCAGUUCUCUGCUGCCAAUGACUGGAACGAAUUGCAAAAAUCUCUGAAGCUGGAGACUCUUAUCUCCCUCACUAACUUUAAGCAUCAGUUGUCAGAGCACAUUACCGAUCACUGCACCUGUACACAGCCCAUCUGAAAUUAGCCCACCCAACUACCUCAUCCCCAUAUUGUUAUUUGUUUUUUCAUUUGCACCCCAGUAUCUCUAUUUGCACAUCAUCUCUUGCACAUCUAUCAUUCCAGUGUUAAUACUAAUUGUAAUUAUUUUUGCACUAUGGCCUAUUUAUUGCCUUACCUCCAUAACUUGUUACAUUUGAACACACUGUAUAUAUAUUUUCUGUUGUAUUUUUAACUUUAUGUUUUGUUUUACCCCAUAUGUAACUCUGUUGUUGUUUUUAUCGCACUGCUUUGCUUUAUCUUGGCCAGGUCGCAGUUGUAAAUGAGAACUUGUUCUCAACUGGCCUACCUGGUUAAAUAAAUGUUAAAUAAAAUAAUAAUAAAGCCAUGCUUGAGCUGCUUUUUGCUAGUUCAUCAUACCUGUGGGAAUAUGAACGGUACAAACGGAGGUGUGCUCGCAGUUUGUAUAUAUAAGCUGUGUUGUGUGGGAUUUCUCAACUUCAGUGGCAGGUUGUCUGGCGUAGUGGGCUAUCUGUGUGUCUGCCACUUCUCGUGUGUUACGCUCCCAGAUGACAUUUCAGUGAGCCCAGUUGGGUUGUGUGUCACUUGUCUGUGUGGUUGAGGAUUGACAGGAGUUGUAUACAUGAUUGAGGUUUAGACCAGGAAUUAUAGAACACAAACAUCAACACAUCUGAAGUAACUUUGGAGAAUUAGAACCUGUUUCUAUGCACUUGAGGUUUAGGGAACUGAAACUGUUCAAAAACUCAAACAUUGCCACAUCCCUAUUGGAAGGGAAAGAGCGCUGGACUGCAGCUAAGUUGGGGCCUGUUAAGGUAGUUUUCAUGGGAUUGGUGAUCUCCUAAAGUCCCCUGUAGUGUUUCUUUAAACUGUGUACAACCAAACAACAAUAGGCAUUGAUGACAUUGAGAGUGCAAAGUCUCUGCACUCAGUACCAUACAGGAAAGGGCUAGUGAGCUAGCUGAAGCAUGGUGAGGGAGGGUGUCUGCAUGCUGGCCUUUAAGUAUUUGUGACCAGAGCACUCCUACGGUUUCUAAUCCCAUCUGGCCAUCUCUUUCUCUCCUGCCAUUUUUAUUUCUCUCUAUCGUUCUCUGGAUUUCAGCUCGCAAACAAGAGAUCAUCAAGAUUACUGAGCAGCUGAUUGAGGCCAUCAACAACGGAGACUUUGAGGCUUACACGUGAGUUUAUAGAUUGUGUGCAUACAUUUCAUUACCUCCUGGUUUGAAAACAGAAUAACCCCUAACCCUGCUGAUUUCCCUCUUCGUUACUAGAGUAGUAUGUGGUGUGUGAGAGGGUGGGAGGUGCUGAUGAUACAGUGCCUUCAGAAAUUAUUCAUGCCCCUUGACUUAUUCCACAUUUUGUUGCGUUACAGCCUGAAUUCAAAAUGUAUUAAAUUGAUUAUUUUUUCUCACCCAUCUAAACACAUUACCCCAUAAUGACAAAGUGAAAACAUGGUUUACAUUUUUUGGGCAAAUUUAUUGAAAAUGAAAUACAUUUACAUAAGUAUACACACCCCUGAGUCAAUCAAUACAUGCUAGAAUCACCUUUGGCAGCGAUUACGGCUGUGAGUCUUUCUGGGUAAGAGCUUUGCACACCUGGAUUGUACAAUAUUUGUACAUUAUUCUUUUUUAAAUUCUUCAAGCUCUGUCAAGUUGGUUGUUGAUCAUUGCUAGACAGCCAUUUUCAAGUCUAGCCAUAGAUUUUCAAGCCGAUUUAAGUCAAAACUGUAACUAGGCCUCUCAGGAACAUUUAAUGUUGUCUUGGUAAGCAACUCCAGUGUAUAUUUGGCAUUGUGUUUUAGGUUAUUGUCCUGCUAAAAGGUGAAUUUGUCUCCUAGUGUCUGCUGGAAAGCAGACUGAACCAGGUUUUCCUCUAGGAUUGUGCCUGUGCUUAGCUCUAUUCUAUUAAUUUUUUUAUUUAAAAAAACUCCCUAGUCCUUGCUGAUGACAAGCAUACUCAUAACAUGAUGCAGCCACCACCAUUCUUGAAAAUAUGAAGAGUGGUGCUCAUUGAUGUGUUGUGUUGAAUUUGCCCCAAACAUAACACUUUGUAUUCAGGCCAUGAAGUUAAUUUCUUUGCCACAUUUUUCGCAGUUUUACUUUAGUGCCUUAUUGCAAACAGGAUGCAUGUUUUGGAAUAUUUGUAUUCUGUACAGGCUUCCUUCUUUUCACUCUGUCAUUUAGGUUAGUAUUGUGGAGUAACUACAAUAUUGUUGAUCCAUCCUCAAUUUUCUCCUAUCACAGCCAUUAAACUCUGUAACUGUUUUAAAGUCACCAUUGGCCUGAUGAUGAAAUCCCUGAGCGGUUUCCUUCCUCUCCGGCAACUGAGUUAGGAAGGAUGUCUGUAUCUUUGUAGUGACUGGGUGUAUUGAUACGCCAUCCAAAAUGUAAUUAAUAACUUCACCUUGCUCAAAGGGAUAUUCACUGUCUGCUUUAUUUUUUAUUUUUACCCAUCUACCAAUAGGUGCCCUUCUUUGCGAGGCAUUGGAAAACCUCCCUGGUCUUUGCGGUUGAAUCUGUGUUUGAAAUUCACUGCUCGACUGAGGGACCUUACAGAUAAUUGUAUGUGUGGGGUACAGAGAUGAGGUAGUCAUUCAAAUAUCACUAUUAUUGCACACAGAGUGAGUCCAUGCAACAUAUUAUGUGAUUUGUAAAGGACAUUUUUUACUCUUGAACUUAUUUCCGCUUGACUUAACAAAGGGGUUGAAUACUUAUGGACUCAAGACAUUUCAGCUUUUCAUUUUUAAUUAAUUGGUAAACAUUUCUAAAAACACAAUUCCACGUUGACAUUAUGGGGUAUUGUGUGUAGGCCAGUGACACAAAAUCUGUAACACAACAAAAUGUAACAACAAAAUGUGGAAUACUUUGUAAAGGCACUGUAUGUCUGAUUUCCCUUCCAGGAGAAUCUGUGACCCAGGGCUAACCUCGUUUGAACCCGAGGCUUUGGGAAACCUGGUGGAGGGCAUGGACUUCCACAAAUUCUACUUUGAGAACUGUGAGCAUCUCUUAUCAACAGGGAACUAAACAUUGUAGUGUCAUUCCACGAAUAGUGCCUUUUGGGUAGUGUACUUUGGUCAAAAAGAACUAAUUAUUUCACCUAAUUUUAACAUUCUUUCAUAAAGAGCACAUGUUCAACUUCAUAACAAACAUAUUUUCCCAUCUCAAGUUAAAUUAACAGCCCACUGGGCACAAAUUGGUUCAAUCAACGUUGCGUCAACGUAAAUUGGCAACAUAUUGUGACGUGGAAUCUACAGUGGGGAAAAAAAGUAUUUAGUCAGCCACCAAUUGUGCAAGUUCUCCCACUUAAAAAGAUGAGAGAGGCCUGUAAUUUUCAUCAUAGGUACUUGUCAACUAUGACAGACAAAUUGAGUAGAAAAAAAUCCAGAAAAUCACAUUGUAGGAUUUUUAAUGAAUUUAUUUGCAAAUUAUGGUGGAAAAUAAGUAUUUGGUCACCUACAAACAAGCAAGAUUUCUGGCUCUCACAGACCUGUAACUUCUUAUUUAAGAGGCUCCUCUGUCCUCCACUUGUUACCUGUAUUAAUGGCACCUGUUUGAACUUGUUAUCAGUAUAAAAGACACCUGUCCACAACCUCAAACAGUCACACUCCAAACUCCACUAUGGCCAAGACCAAAGAGCUGUCAAAGGACACCAGAAACACAAUUGUAGACCUGCACCAGGCUGGGAAGACUGAAUCUGCAAUAGGUAAGCAGCUUGGUUUGAAGAAAUCAACUGUGGGAGCAAUUAUUAGGAAAUGGAAGACAUACAAGACCACUGAUAAUCUCCCUCGAUCUGGGGCUCCACGCAAGAUCUCACCCCGUGGGGUCAAAAUGAUCACAAGAACGGUGAGCAAAAAUCCCAGAACCACACGGGGGGACCUAGUGAAUGACCUGCAGAGAGCUGGGACCAAAGUAACAAAGCCUACCAUCAGUAACACACUACGCCGCCAGGGACUCAAAUCCUGCAGUGCAAGACGUGUCCCCCUGCUUAAACCUGUACAUGUCCAGGCCCGUCUGAAGUUUGCUAGUGUGCAUUUGGAUGAUCUAGAAGAGGAUUGGGAGAAUGUCAUAUGGUCAGAUGAAACCAAAAUAUAACUUUUUGGUAAAAACUCAACUCGUCGUGUUUGGAGGACAAAGAAUGCUGAGUUGCAUCCAAAGAACACCAUACCUACUGUGAAGCAUUGGGGUGGAAACAUCAUGCUUUGGGGCUUUUUCUGCAAAGGGACCAGGACGACUGAUCCGUGUAAAGGAAAGAAUGAAUGGGGCCAUGUAUCGUGAGAUUUUGAGUGAAAACCUCCUUCCAUCAGCAAGGGCAUUGAAGAUGAAACGUGGCUGGGUCUUUCAGCGUGACAAUGAUCCCAAACACACCGCCCGGGCAACGAAGGAGUGGCUUCGUAAGAAGCAUUUCAAGGUCCUGGAGUGGCCUAGCCAGUCUCCAGAUCUCAACCCCAUAGAAAAUCUUUGGAGGGAGUUGAAAGUCCGUGUUGCCCAGCGACAGCCCCAAAACAUCACUGCUCUAGAGGAGAUCUGCAUGAAGGAAUGGGCCAAAAUACCAGCAACAGUGUGUGAAAACCUUGUGAAGACUUACAGAAAACAUUUAACCUGUGUCAUUGCCAACAAAGGGUAUAUAACAAAGUAUUGAGAAACUUUUGUUAUUGACCAAAUACUUAUUUUCCACCAUAAUUUGCAAAUAAAUUCAUAAAAAAUCCUACAAUGUGAUUUUCUGGAUUUUUUUAUUCUCAAUUUGUCUGUCAUAGUUGACGUGUACCUAUGAUGAAAAUUACAGGCCUCUCUCAUCUUUUUAAGUGGGAGAACUUGCACAAUUGGUGGCUGACUAAAUAUUUUUUUCCCCACUGUAUGUGUAAAAUACAGUGGAUUUGCAAAAAGUCAUCAACUGUUGUUUUGAGGGUGAAAUUUCAACCACAGGAUUAUGUCAUCAUGGUAACCAAUUUUCAACAUAGACAAUCCUUGUAUAAAAUAUGUUGAAUUUGUACCUUUUGAAACAAUGUCAGAUCUUCAACCUUAUCUCUACUUAUCUCUACUAGGGAUGUAGUUCAGUUGGUAGAGCAUGGCGUUUACAACGCCAGGGUUGUGCAUUCGAUUCCCACGGUGGGCCAGUAUGAAAAAUUAAAUAAAAAGAUAAUGUAAGUCGCUCUGGAUAAGAGCGUCUGCUAAAUGACUAAAAAUGUUUAAAAAAAAUCAGAAAAAAACAAUAGGCUGGGCAGCAUCUCCUACUGGAGAAUUGAUCUAUCUACAGCAGGUGUGUCAAACUCGUUCCAUUGAGGGCCUAGUGUCUGCAGGUUUUUGGUUUCAAUUAAGACCUAGACAACCAGGUGAGGGGAGUUCUUUACUAAUUAGUGACCUUAAUUCAUCAAUCAAGUACAAGGGAGGAGUGAAAACCUGCAGACACUCGGCCCUCCGUGGAAUGAGUUUGACAUGUGAUCUACAGCUAUCCCUUUGGUCUCCUAUCCAGGGUUGUAACCAAGUCUAGCCCUGCUUAGCUUUGACUAUUACCUAUGUGCUAUCGUGAGAAUGAUUGUUGAGCGAUCUCCACUUAAAAACUAAAUAGAUUCACUUUUGCUAUCGAAGUCAUUCCAAAGGGUGGGCUCCUGAGUGGCGCAGUGGUCUAAGGCACUGCAUCUCAGUGCUUGAGGCGUCACUACAGACCCCCUGGUUCGAUUCCAGGCUGUAUCACAACCGGCCGUGAUUGGGAGUCCCAUAGGGCGGCGUGCAAUUGGCCCAGCGUCGUCCGGGUUUGGCCGGUGUAGGCCGUCAUUGUAAAUAAGAAUUUGUUCUUAACUGACUUGCCUAGUUAAAUAAAGGUUAAAAAAUAAAAACUGAGCAACAUGUUCAUAAUAUGUUGGAUUCACGUCGCCAUUUCAACAAAAUAUCUAAGUUAAAGAAUAGGACUAAAUCAAAUCAAACUUGAUUAAAAGUUAAUUUAAAGUUUGAUCUGAUUUGAUUUAGUCGUAUUUCUUUAACUUCGAUUUUUGGUUGAGAUGGAGAGGUGAAUCCAACAUACAGUAUAAAUUAUUAAUUUGUAGACAAACUGAAAUUAAAGCCUGACUAAAUCAGUGGCACAGAUGGAACUAUCCAAGGAGUAGAUAAUCUCCUUCAAAUGUGGGUAUUUUGUUGCAUUGACAACCAAGCACAAUUCAAUAUAACUUUCGCAAUACAGUAAAUAGCCUAUUAACUUGUCAACCAGCUUUCGCUAUACAGUAAAUAGCCUAUUAACUUGUCAACCAGUUAAUAGAUUAUAUGUUGGAUUCAUGUCUCCAACUCAACCAAAAAUAAAAGUUAAAGAAUAGGAUUAGGCCAGUGGCUCAAAUGGAAAUAUCAAAAUCUCCAUUAAAUGUUGAUAUUUGGUUGCUUUGUAAAGUUAAGACUUUCUUACAAACUAUUGUAACAGUAUUUAUUCAACCUUAAAAGGUAGGUAGCAUACACGUAACCACAUGUAACAUAUGGAUUUGCAUUAGUAUACGCAUCAAAAGUCCCAAUGCAAAAUUACACCUCACUGUUCUAUUUUUGGAGUUAUUACAUAAAACCGAUCAGAAUUCUGAAGCCAUGUCGGAAAAUGUUUUUCCGGGGUGUGAUGUCAUAUCGAGGACCCGGCAAGCCAGCAUAUUCCACAUAAUGUACACUCCAACGGAAAUAACUUCAAAUUAAACCAAAUCAUUUGCACUCAUGACUACUGUUUUCAAUUGAAUUUUCAGCCAACUUACAAGCAAAUACUUUUUGAAUUUAUUGUUACAAAUCAACUUGCAAGGUUGCUAGCCAACUACUCUGCUAACGUUAGCCCUACCAGCCUGCUAACUUUAUGUUAGCACUGAAUGAGUCAGCGAGUUACUAUCAACACCUAGCUUACAGCUACAUUAAAGUAAACCAACAUUUUGGAAAUACAUAAUGCUAUCUAACCAGUUAUCAAAGAAUGUUAGCUAAAUGCAGUUAUCUUAGCCAGCAAGAUAGGCAGCCGGCUAACGUUAGCUAUUUAGCCAACUAGCUAUUAGCCGUGAUAGCCUAGCUAACCACCACAGUUAUGGUCGGCAAGCUAGAGCCCAACUACUGGAGACCAACUAGAACAUAACUAACACAACACAACUAAACAUAACCUAAGAUUAAAAGCAAAGAGAGAGCAGACUUACAGAAUGAUGGUUGGGGCCCAUCCGAUGGUAAAACUUUAAAAAUUGUGCAGCUUGAGCUAGCUACCGAGCUAGCAUACGAACUCGUUAGCACAGAGUAGAUCCUCCAUAUGACGUUGAGAAAUAGUGCAUUGUGGGUAGUUUAGAAGUUAGCCGGAAAUAAGUUAAUAAAUAUGUAAUAACCCAAAAACAUCACUAUGUUUGUACUUAUAGGUAACCAGAUCGUGACUACAACUAAGUUACUAAGUCUUUGACCACACUGUGUUGUUACAUUGGUGAGUAAAAACUCAUGCUUCCUACCCUUUAAAAUGAGUAACACAUCCAUGGCCACAUUGAGGUUACUGUCUUUAUAAAUGUCUUCCUAUGUAACAAUAGAAAGCGUGCAUGUUCAAGAUAGCAUGCGAAGGUUGCAGGUCUGUGGAGGUCUGUGCAGAAUCUUGAAUAACAUUGAUCACUUGCACCACUACUUUUAAUGUAAUCUCAACUACAAUCCAGGUAAUUUGAUUGUGCUAUUAGAUGAAGCACAGUGAUAACACAUUAAGUUGUAUAAAUAAACAAAAUAUCUGACAUUGUAUUCCCAUUUGAACUUUGUUGUGCUUUUAGAUGGUUGAAAGUAUAGUGAUAAAACAUUGGGAAUUAAACAAACUUUUGGCUAUCUUUUUGAGUGGGUGAAUAUAGGUUGUUAUCUCAUUGAUCAACGCCUCAACCAAAUAUUACCCAAUUGUCCACUUUGAAAUUUCGUGGUGUGCCCAGUGGGAGCUUUGACUAACAGGGUUGAAUAUUUCAUCUUAAAUCAGGCUUUACUCCCCUUGUGACAGGGGGAAUGUAAGCUUGUUGUGUGCAACAGGGAGGGGCAAUUGAAUGCAAGCUUAACAAAACAUUUGAACUUGUUAAAAUAUUUCUAGCCUAUCUAUCUAUGGGUAACAGGGUUGACGUGGUAUGCUCGAAACGCUCAGUUUUCCACCACAAAAGACCAGAAAAACCAGCUCACCUGCUUUUACACUAUGAUUUGACUAUUAUAUGUGAUUAUUUUUUGUAUCAUUUAAAAAGGGAUUGUUUUACCAUAUUAAAACAAGAGUUCAGUUCAUGUUACAGGGUUGACCUGAAACCUGACUAAUGUAAAUGAAUUACUAAUGAAUAACUAGGGCUUUACAAUGUUUGUGCAAACUUGGGAUAGUCUUGGGGUUAAGUGGGUUAAAAUCGUCCUAGAAGUUGUACAAAGAUGACGUGAGACAUGCCAAAAUUAUUUGAAUGAAAACACACUGCUAUUGGAAUCUUUAACAUGGUUUAGUGUAGUUAGAGCAUAGAUGUAUGUGAUCCAACUGUAAAAUUUUGUGUUUUAUCCAAAUUUACGCACAAUGUCUGAAAGACGUAAGGCACUAUUCGUGGCUCGACCCUAUUAUUAUGUUAAUUGUUGUAUACAUAUUUAUUUAUUUUUAUAUAUGUUUUUACCAGGUAAGUCACUGAGCACGCUAUUUUACGCUAAAGGACCUGGUAACCAUCUUUCUCCAUUGGAAUCUAAUCAAGGAUGAAGUACAUGAAGCCAACACAAGUAGAUGACUGAGUGUGUCCGUGUCUCCUAUGUAGUGUUGAGUAAGAACAGUAAGCCGGUCCACACCACCAUCCUUAAUCCCCAUGUGCACCUGAUCGGGGAAGACGCGGCUUGCAUCGCCUACAUCCGCCUGACGCAGUACAUCGACAGCCAGGGACGCCCGCGUUCCUGCCAGUCAGAGGAGACCCGCGUGUGGCACCGCCGCGACGCCAAGUGGCUCAACGUGCAUUUUCACUGUUCAGGAGCGCCUGCCGCACCUCUCCAGUGA